AUGCCGGGUAUUGAGACGACUCCAGAGCAGAGGCACCUCUCAGCGGCUCGCUCCCGAGAUCUUUGGCGCCAUCCGGAUCGAUUGCAUGUCACUGUCCAGUACUUCGGCAAGGAUGUCAGCAGGCAAGAGGCGGAGCAACUGGUGGGCAAAAGCUUCCCUGUGAAGGCCGCCGAGCGAGCCGCGGGAUGA